AGAGAAGAGAAGAGAAGAGAAGGGAGGAGAAGAGAAGGAUCAGAGGUAACGACAAAGAAGACAAACAGACAUACAAUCUCGUCAGGCAGCACAGCAUGAUCAAUGUUCGACCCCUUGAGCUAUGGUUUGCAAGGCUUUGUGCGUUGUUGAUUCUCUUUGGCUUGAGGCCCGUUCGGUCUGCGACGGGUCUUUCUUGCUUUGUGUUCAACGAGAAGAGAAGUGAUGAGGUGUUCGGUCCUGCCCCGCCUCCAUCAAGAAGUGCAUCUCCCUCCAAUCAUAUCGAGUACGUCCCAGUGCAGAUGAAGGCAAAACCAAUGAAUAAUCUGAGGGACCUGUCCGAUCACCCGACCAAAGAGAUCAAGCACGAGAGCGAUCUAUACGAAGAUGUUGGGAUUGUACAGAAAGUGAUGCGAGGGCUGAGGAAGAGGUAUGAUCGGGAUGCUGCAACCCUCCACGAUAGUCACGUUGAGAACAUUACUCCGCUCAAGUCGAACAUCCCCGUGUCGCUUCCUAGCUGGUCUGCCGCCGGACAUGCCCAAGUUCGCAAACCUGGUGGGGAGGACCCACAACACUCUUAAGACGGAAGGAGCUCAGCCAGCAUGCGAGUGUAUUGAGAUGAACGCGCAUCUACUCAGUCGAGGUUGACCUGACGCUUCGCAAAUGAGGCUAAAGGAUCAAGCGCGACCGAAAAGUUUUCCCAUUGUUCGUUACAUUCCAAUGUUACCUUGAGUAAAAGCAAGAAUACACUUG